GGGACCUGAUGGAAUCACUGGGAUUACUCUCCCGCUCGUCAAACUUGAGUUCGACUGAGAUGGCCAAGGUCAGCUCUUAUUUCUGUGGGUUGGACCACCAUGUCAACAACGUCUCUAUUGGCGCAGACGGGAUGUUCUUGCUGUUCUCGGCAUACUUGGUGUUUGCUAUGCAGGCAGGAUUUGGUAUGCUCUGUGCAGGUUCCGUGAGAAGAAAGAACACAGUGGACAUUGUGCUUACUCACAUAAUGAAUGCUGCUGUUGGUGCUAUGUCGUACUAUCUUGUCGGUUUCACAUUUGCAUUCGGGCGAUCUUCAAAUGGCUUUAUUGGCGCACAUAGCUUUGCAAAGCCAGAUGACAAGGCCAUCAACCCCAAUGCCCAGCCCGGUGCGUGGUUGUUCCAGUGGACAUUUGCGGUUGCGGCAGCCAGCAUCACAACCGGGUCCAUUACAGAGAGAACACAGUUUACCACAUAUAUAUUGUGCUCCACAUUCCUGACGGCGUUCGUUUACCCAGUGGUUUCACAUUGGGUAUGGGCACCAAGCGGGUGGCUCAGUGCGGCCAACGUGCGCAAUAAAUUCCUGGGUGUUGGCAUGGUUGACUUCGCAGGGAGCGGCGUGGUACACAUGACGGGCGCCAUCGCUGGGUUUUGGGGUUCGUGGAUCGAAGGCCCUCGCAUUGGGCGAUUUGAUAUGCGGGGCAAUCCAAAGGAGAUGAGGGGUCAUAGCCCCAUUCUAGAGGUCUUGGGGACUUUGCUGCUGUGGUUUGGAUGGUACGGACUCACCACAGGCUCGGUGCUUGCCACCAUUUCGCCUUCCGGAAUUGCUAAUAAUGUUCUUGUUGCGAGAACCGUCAUUACAACUACCCUAGCUGGUGGGGCGGCUUCAGUAACGGUCCUCCUUGCAAGGAAGUCAAUGACAGGUCAUUGGAUGGUAGAGGACGCCUGCAGUGGUCUUAUUGCCGGAUUCACGGCCGUAACGGCAGGGUGCUCUGUAAUCGAGCCUUGGGCUGCCGUCGUUCUGGGCUUCCUUGCAGCAUGGGUGCUGAUUGGCAUGAAUAGGUUGGCACUAAAGAUCCGUUAUGAUGACCCGCUGAAUGCAUUCCAGCGACAUGGUGGAUGUGGCUUGCUCGGAAUCAUUUUCGUUGGACUGCUUGCCAAGAAAGAGUAUUUACUCCAGACUCUACGAACGUCUGACAACAGUCCUUACGGGCUCUUGUACGGAGGUGGUGGACGACUGCUGGCGGCACAGGUGACCGGUGCGAUCUGUAUCACAGCUUGGACUUCCGUGACGAUGGGCACAUUGUUCUAUGCACUAAACAACGUGGUGCUACUGCGGAUCAGUGAGGAGGAGGAGGCUGCAGGACUUGACGUGGUCAGCCAUGGACGAGUGCUGGAUGAGUAUCGUGAUGAGUUACGACUACGUCGACUAGAAAGCGGUUCCUUUACCAUCAGGCACUUUCCUGGUCCUGAACGUGGCACCAACAACGAUAGCCAGAGAGGGCAGAGCAUGGUGGAGGGACAGACAGCAAUCGAAAGCUAGACACAGUAAGAGAGAGACGCCGAGACCUAUGUAAAUG